CACUUUUUGUGGUAGAUGAUAUAUAAAUAUUCUUUUGGAUUGUUUAGUCUUGGAGAAGAUAUAAUAACAAGGCGAGAUGUAGAUGACGAAAAAAAACAACUAGAAAUUAGCCAGGAAACAACUUGGUACCACGAAGGUCCGGAAUCACUGCGAAUAUCUCGGUUAUGGAUAGCCGAAUAUUCUUUACCGAGAGCGAAAGCACGGUUGGAAGAAGCACGGUUGAUGCGAGAUCUACCCAAUGCAGCUAGAACUGCUAAAAGACAGGAGAUACAAAAGAAAAUACAAAAUUUAGCCAUACAUAGCAGCCAAAUAGGAGAUACGCGACCAAUUUCUUCUUGCAUGUUCAGUCCCAACUCUCAACUAUUGGCAACAGGAUCUUGGACUGGAUUAUGUAAAGUGUGGAGUAUACCAAAUUGCGAAUUAAAACAAACUUUAAAGGGCCACAAUUCUAACGUGGGUGCAAUUAUAUUUCAUCCAAAGGCAACAAUAAGUCAAGAAGAAAACGUUUGCAACAUGGUGUCCUGCGCUUUUGAUGGUUCUGUAAAACUAUGGGAUUUCAAAAGUGAAGAACCAAUAGCAGAUAUUGAAGGUCACAUGCCGUAUCGUGUUUCUAAGAUGGGUUUUCACCCAUCGGGACGAUUUCUAGGCACGUGUUGUUAUGACUGCUCAUGGCGGCUAUGGGAUUUACACCAAUGCACAGAAGUGUUGCAUCAAGAAGGCCAUGGGAAACCAGUACACUGUAUUAGUUUCCAAAUAGAUGGUUCGGUUUGUGCUACAGGAAGUUUGGAUGCAUUUGGAAGAGUUUGGGACUUACGAACAGGGCGAUGCAUUAUGUUCAUGGAGGGUCACUUGAAAGGAAUUAUGGGGAUAGAUUUUGCACUUAAUGGCUACCAAUUGGCAACAUCUAGUGAAGAUAAUACAUGCAAGAUAUGGGACUUGAGAAAACGUUCAGCUGUUUAUACCAUUCCUGCGCAUACUAAUUUAGUAUCGGACAUUAAAUAUCAAAAGGAGGGAGAUUUUUUGGUCACCGCGUCAUUCGACACUACUGUAAAGUUGUGGACAAAUCGUACGUGGCAACCCUUAAAGACUUUGUCUGGGCAUGAUGGGAAAGUUAUGUGCGCAGAUAUGUCUCCAGAUAAUCAAUUUAUUGUCAGUGCUUCUUAUGAUAGGACAUUUAAGUUAUGGACUGCAGAAGAUAAAUGUGACAAUUUGUAAUGGGUACAUGUUUGUAACAUUACGAAUAAAUGUGGUUCUUAAGAAUUA